AUGGGAGCAGAAUUGGAAGAAGAAAUAGUGAAAGAAAUAGACAUGGAAGAAGAGGUAGAAGAAGAGACAGUGAAUGAGAACGGUUUAGAAGAAGAAACGGAAGAAGAAUCAACAAAUAAGACCGAUACGGAAGAAGAAAUAACAAAUGAGACAGAUAUGGAAGAAGAAAUAAUAAAAGAGAUAGAUAUGGAAGAAGUGGAAGAUGAUAAUGUAAUGGAAAAAGACUCUACAGAUGUCUCCGAAAACGUGGAUGAAAACGUAGUUAAAGAGGUAAAAGUGACUAAAGAAGUUGAGAAAGAUGAAGUGAAAGUGAAAGAUACCGAGACACAGGCUGACAAAGAAGUGACGAAAUAUAUAGAUGUUAAAGAAGACAUGGAAAAAGAAAUGAAGAUGCGAUCGUAUAUUGAAAAAGAAAUGGAAAACGGAAAGACACUGUUCGCGCCCCAUACAAAGAUUUUAUCUUAUCACCUAGAGCCGAGUGAUAUCAUGAGAUAUCAAAAAGCCGCUACCCCAUUGGAGGUCCUGAGUAUAACGGCCGACAAACUGGAGGAGAUAAUCAAACCGUUGAACGAUAAUGAGUAUGAUCUGUCAAAAAGUAAAUACGCAGAAAUCGGCUCGCCUGACUCAACCGAAGAGAUGAAAAACCUCGAGAGCCGACAGGCGGCGGUUACACUGCUACAAAUAAAAAACUACGACCCAACGAAAUACGUUGUCAAACCCGAGACGGAAGAGAACUCGAAUAUAAUGUUCAAAACAGUGAGCCUACCGCCCUCCGAUAGAGCGAGAGAGGUUAUGCACUGUACAACAGUGAUAGAUAUAAUUAGCAAGGCUGUCGCGGUAGCUCAGCGUGAAAACGAGGAAUCUCAGUAUCCGACAAAUUAUGCGGGCGUUACUGACAAUACGCACACGGCGUCCGAAUAUACUCAAGAAUAUGUGGACGAACAGUAUGCCCAGAAUACGCCGCAGAGCGUCACGAAUCUACCCAAUAACGAGGAGCACAGAGAGAUGGAUCUCUCACUAUACUCCUGUAAGACGGAGUAUGAGAGCGAACAGGCCAGAGAGACUAAUGCCUACACACAUAGAACCAGUGAUAUGUCACAUAAGGACAAAAUGCAGCAUUUCUAUGCCAGAGCGUGCGUGAGGACAAAGCCGGCGAAGGAGAGUUCGGUGUAUGAGGAUUGUAGUCAAAGCAGUAGCGGCUCAGAUCCGGACAGACUUCAAAUGGACAUAUCGGAGGUGUCGCAGGACGAUCCAGAAGAAACACAAUCUGUGCCGUCUGCGCAGUCAUCGCCAAAACCACCACACGAAACGGAAGAAAAGGAUUCAUUAUGGCAUGCUCUACAUAAACAAAACGGUCGUGGUGGUGAAACAACCCAGCUUCUAAGGCGACUGAUAAACAGUAAACAUACGGGGAUGACGGUGUCACCUUUGAGGGGACUCGCUGUACCACUUACUCAAACAUCCAACGGUACCGUUUCACCGAACGGUGAAUGGUCGAGUACUGGUCGUGGUAACAUGGGCGCAGGUGGAACAGCGAGAAGGAAACAGAGUUGUCCAGCUCGAGCUCAGCCCUUGCAGGAUCAACAUCCCACUUGGCCCACUAACACUGAUAAUGAAACAACAGACACGUCAAACUCAAAUCGCAACCCAUCACAACGCUUUGAGCUCUCCUGCACCAAUUGUGGUACACACACGACCACCAUCUGGCGUCGCGAUGCCAGAGGCGAAAUGGUGUGUAACGCGUGCGGGUUGUAUUACAAACUCCAUGGAGUGCCGCGACCUACCGCAAUGCGACGAGACACCAUACAUACUAGACGCCGUCGUCCCAGACAUGAAGCAAAGUCUUCUCGAUCUAGGCGACGAGGAGUCACCGGCGCCAGUACCGAGGUCCCUGAGAGUAGUGAACCAGCUGGUGCGGCACCAGGGGCUCCACCAUCAGAAGGGGCAGAAGAGGCCGUAUUGGCAGCGCUUCGUAGGCAAUUGCAGCCGCACCUCUUAGCCGCCUUGCAUGCGCGCACUCGACCAGCACAGAUGGGCCGCGGUAUGCCAGAGUAUGACGAGGCGCCACUAAACCUAGUGGCGAAUCACGUGGCCGAAGAAACGCAUUGA